UCCAUGGCUUCAUUGCUUCAACAAUAUAUUCGGGCGAGGUUUGCUCCCCUCCAUGAUCCCAUAACAAAAACAAAAAACACAGACUUCUUUGUUGCAUGUCAAAACUAAGAACUUAUUAAAUUUUCCUUUGAUUUUUUUUUCCAUUUCUCUUCCUUCUCUUAUUUCUCAUUGGCUUCCAUGUCGUCCCUUUCUUUUAUAGGAAGAUAAAGAGAGCUUUGCAUGCUUGUGGGAUCCUAGCAGAAACAAAGAAAAGAGGCUUUUUCUAAGUUUUUGGUAUUGUUGUUCUUUCAAGAGAGAGGAAAAGGAAGAUAAAAAAAGGGGUUUGAAAAAGAUGUUGCAAAGAGCUGCUAGCAAUGCAUAUUCAUGGUGGUGGGCUAGCCAUAUCAGAACAAAGCAGUCAAAAUGGAUGGAGCAAAACCUUCAAGAUAUGGAGGAAAAGGUAGCGGCUGUGGUUAAACUCAUAGAAGAAGAUGGAGACUCCUUUGCCAGGAGAGCAGAAAUGUACUACAAAAAGAGGCCAGAACUGAUACAUUUUGUGGAAGAAUCUUACAGAGCUUACCGUGCCUUAGCCGAAAGGUAUGAUCACAUAUCAACAGAGUUACAAAAUGCAAACAACACAAUUGCUUCUGUUUGUCCAGAGCAAGUCCAGUUUGCGAUGGAUGAUGAAGACGAAGAUAGCACACCAAGGUUCCCAAAGAAGUCUUCAGAAAACUCCAAAGGCAAUAUUCCCAAGGUUCCGAAGCUUCCUGUCAAAGAUUUAAAGGGUUUAAUAACAUCAGCCACGAAGAAAACGCAACAAAAGAAAUCAACAAAAGCCACUGCCACUGCAGUUCCUAAAUCUGGUUUGACCAAGGCUGAGGGACUUGAUGAGAUUGACAGGCUUCAGAAACGAAUCCUGGCAUUGCAGACUGAAAAAGAAUUCUUUAAGAGCUCUUAUGAGAGUGGGCUGGCAAAGUACUGGGAUGUAGAUAAUGAGAUAAAAGAAAUGCAAGAGAAAGUUUGCAGUUUGGAAGAUGAAUUUGGUGAAGGUAGGGUCAUUGAAGAUGAUGAGGCUCGAAAUGUGAUGGCAGCAACAGCUCUAAAAUCAUGCAAAGAGACAUUGGAUCAGCUGCAGGAGAAACAGGAGAGAUCAGUCAUGGAAGCAGAAGUGGAGCAGAAAAGGAUCAAGGAUGCCAGGGAGAAGUUGGACUCCCUUAAGAACAAGUUUCUCUUAAACGAAGUCAUUCAGGAAAAACCAUCUGCUGGAGAUGAAUCAGGAAUAGCAGUAGAAAAGUCUAAAAGGUUAGAAAAAGAAGUGUAUGAUACCAACCAAAAGAAAAAGGACAUGGAGUCCUUAAGGGAGAAGAUAAAGGAGCACUUUGAGGUUGGCCUGGGUGAAUCUUUGACUGUGACUGACAUGGCGGAGAAGAUUGAUGAACUUGUGAACAAGGUGAUCAACUUAGAAACUGCAGUCUCAUCUCAGACAGCUCUUAUCCAGAGACUAAGGACAGAGACGGAUGAGCUUCAAGUCCAGAUUCAGACCCUCGAAGACGAUAAGGCCGCGCUGAUUAAAGGAAAAAAUGAUUUGAGGAACAAGCUAAGAGAGAUGGAGGAGAAGUUGCAUGGGAUUCAGGAUUUGAACCAGAGCGUAGAAGAUCAAAACAACAAUCUCCAAACUCAUUUUAUUGAAGCACAUUGUAACCUUGAUCACCUUUCUGAGAAAGUGCAUAGUGUGAAGCCAGAUGAGGAGCCUGAAAGAGAGGAGAACAGCUCUUUUGUGGAGGUCAAAUCGUCAAGGGAGAAGGAGAUCAAAGACAAGAGGCCGAAGAAGGUGAAAGCUGAAAAGGAGUUUGAGGUAGCUGAUGCAUCAGAAAGAGAGAACUCUCCAGCUGAAGUCAAAUCCCAAAAAGAGUCCAAAGAACAAGAGAGCAGGAAUCUGGAUCCAAGUGAGGGCUGCAAAAAUUUGCCAAGUGCAAAACUAGAGGAGAUGGUCGUGUUGUCAGGUUCUUUACAGAAAGAAGAGGACUCUCUGGUUAAUAUUGAAUUGCGACAAGAGUCGGAAGAAAAAGGAGAGAAACUUGAUCAGAAUGAUAGCUUUACAAAGGGAAGGGAUGCGAAAUUAGAAGGGAGGGAGGAUGUGAAAUUGGAAGAGAGGGAGGAUGCGAAAGCACGUGAUUCCACAAAUAAAGGAGGUGAUAGCCAUGAAACUUCUAAGCCUUCAGAGAAAUGUGAAGACCUGAUAGCAGAGGGAAAAGUUGAUGAGCAUGCUUCUUCACAGACAGCGGACACUCUUGCCAAAGUUGAAUCAAAAGAACAUGAGAGAGGGCAAGAGGAUGAGCCAGAUUGGAAGCUGCAAGAGGAUGAGCCAGAUUGGAAGCAGUUGUUCAUGAAAGGUAUGGAGGACAGAGAGAAGAAUCUAUUGAUGGAAUAUACUACAAUGCUUCGGAUCCUCAAGGACACCAAGAAGAAGCUCAUGGAAGUAGAGACAAAUAACCAGAACAGCCUGUUUGACGUAACAUUGCAGCUAAAGGAACUGAAGAGCUCUAACGCCAUGAAAGAUGAAGAGAUUCGAUCCUUACGUCAGAAAUUAAGCCUUUUCCAAACAGGUAUUGUUGAAAACAACAAUACUUAUCAAUAUGUUGAACCUAGAGUAAGUUCUGAGAAAUCAAUAGUUACUGAAACCGCAACAACUCCGGCACCACAGAAAAUGGUAGAAGAAGACAUUGGAAUGAUGCUAAUUAAACAGUCUCAAACUACUUCAGCAAUUGAAGAAAAGUUCCGGAUGAACAUUGACGAACUGCUAGAAGAGAACUUGGAAUUCUGGUUCAGAUUCAGCACUGCAUUCCAUGAGGUACAGAAAUUUGAUACUGAAGUGAAAGAUUUAGAGGCUGAGGCAUCAAAACUCGAGGAAAGAAAAAAGCAAGAUGGAAGUAGCACCACAAAAUAUUCACUAAAAUCAGAUGUGCGACCGUUAUACAAACACCUGAGAGAAGUACAGACUGAAUUGAGUGUCUGGUUGGAAAAAAGUGUAUUACUUAAAGAAGAACUGAAGAACCGAUUCUCAUCUUUGUGUGAAAUUCAAGAAGAAAUCACUAAGGCUUUGAAAGCAAGUGCUGAAGAUGAUGAAUUCAGUUUCACAAGUUACCAAGCAGCGAAAUUCCAAGGUGAGAUUUUGAACAUGAAACAAGAGAAUAACAAAGUUGCAGAUGAACUGCAAGCUGGUUUAGAUCAUUUAACAACACUACAGCUUGAAGUUGAGAGGACCCUGGCAAAGUUAACUGAAGAUUGGGGACUUUCUGGAUCUAAGAGCCGUCAAAGUAGCCAGCUGCAACUCUCAGAUAGUAGAUCUGGAGUUCCUUUGAGGUCAUUUAUCUUUGGCGUCAAACCAAAGAAGCAAAAGACAUCCAUCUUUUCCUGCGUACACCCUGCACUGCAACGGAAGUACAAUGGUUUAAGAUCGGGAAAUAGUAGCAGUAGGUGAACUUUUUGGUUUUGUUUGUGUUUCUUAUACUAAUAAGCUUUUUUUUCCUUUCUCAAAGUUGAUUUCUUUCCUUUUAGUGGUACUCUCACCGAAGGCAACACCUUUCCUUUUCUCAUUUUGUUUAUGGACUGGAAAAGCCAGUUUUCUGUUGGCUGCAAAUGUUUUAUAGUCUCCAACUAUCAACAUGAGAGGAAUAUUUUUGUUAUUUGUAUUUUCAUUCUCAUUCACUCGGAAGCUUUAGCAAACUUGCUUCAUUUUUGGAAUCCAUUUUGUUUCCAUUCAACACAAGAGUAAAUAUCAGAUUGAUAGGAUAUCAGCCAUUCAAGUUUCUUCACCAAGGACAAAGGAAAUCGGUGAUACAAUCAAAGUCUAAUCAAGUAAUGAUUUCCCCUCAUUCUUCUUCAUAUUCAACUUCUUUUCCCUUUUUAAUUCUUUGUCACUGGCUGGAAGUUUCAGCUUUGAAGAGUGUGCAGUAAGGAAUAUGAAUU